ACAUCACUGGAAAGAUGUCACACUUCGAUCAAACGACGCGUACCUGGAACGGCCCCCGGCAACCGCCGAUCAUCAAUCCAGCGGCCAGUGUCGGUCAGGUGAUUGUGAACGUUCUGGAACGAACACCGGAGAAAGUGUUUCAAAUAUGUGCCGACACCGGAGAGACUAUCACCUGCAGUCAGCUACGAACUCGCACGAUCCGGGCGGCUUUAUACUUGAACAAACGGUGCAACCUGUCCAAGGGCGACAUGGUGUGUAUGGUGGUGAACAACUGUUCCAGCGUACCGUCGGUGUUAUUUGGAUGCUUUCUGCUGGGGGCUCCUGUCCACACGCUGGACCCAUCCUUCGAACAGUCCGAUCUGGUUAAUUUGAUGGGGAUCACGAAGCCGCAGCUGAUAUUCUGUAAUAGACACAACGUGGAAACUGUGAGGCAAUCUCUUAAACAGCUAGCUUUAACGGCACGGGUUAUGGUUUUGGACGACCCGGAAACUGAAAAACUACUAUUCGAUCCAGCGGAAGGUGAGAAAGGUUAUCGACCACCUUAUCUAGGGGAUUCGGAUAAAACCGUAGCCUUAAUCGUGUGUUCAUCGGGAACAACUAGCCUGCCGAAAGCGGUUUGCCUGAGCCAUGCCCAACUGAUCGCACCCUACCCGUGGCUCAUAAAUCUGGGCAUCGAUACUCUACUGUGCUUCAGUUCCCUCUACUGGGUAUCUUCGUUUCAGAUGCUAAUGACGACCCUUUUGAACGGGCACAAACGGAUCACAACGGCGAAACCUUUCAGUCCGGCUUACGCUUUCGAACUGAUCACCAAGUUUCAGGUGACACACGUGUUCACCCCACCACCGAUGCUAGCGGAACUGGUUGAAUAUUGUGAAUCGAAAGGGUUCCGACUUUCUUCGCUAAGGAUCAUUGGAUGCGGUGGUAGUUGCCUGCCGGAGACCGUGCGGCGUAGGGCAAACGCAUUGCUGCAGCCCAAUGGAAAGGUUUACCUAGGUUACGGCAUGAGCGAAACCGGCGGAACGGUUUCGAUCGAUCUGUUCGGCAAACCGAACUCGGCCGGGGUGUUGGUGGCCAAUGUUACUGUGCGAAUCGCCGCCGAAGCCACCGGUGACCUGCUGGAACCGGAACAGGAAGGCGAGAUUCAGGUGCGCAACGAUCAUCCUUUCGCCGGUUACUACGACAACGAGCGGGAAACGCAGGCACUGCUAACCACCGACGGAUUCAUCAAAACCGGCGACAUCGGAUUCUUCGACAAGACCGGUUUCCUGUACAUCACCGAUCGAAGCAAGGAAAUGCUUCGCUACCGGGGCUUCCAGAUUGCCCCGGCUCAGCUGGAAGCCCUGCUGGUCGAACUGCCGGAGGUCAGUCAGGCAGUGGUGGUAGGAAUUCCGCAUCCGGAACCACCCCAUGUUGAUCUGGCUACGGCACUUGUUGAGGUCCGGGGACAUCAUCAGGAUCUCCGUGGUGAGGAGCAGCGGCUUUUGACGCUGGUUAACGAGCAGCUGCCGGACUACAAACGACUGCGAGGUGGGUUGUUCUUUGUCGAUUCGUUGCCUCGGACGGCAAGUGGAAAGAUAAACCGGAGAGAGGCCAAACGGUUGGCUCUAGAGCUUUCACAACUUACAAUUGACAGUGGUCUAACUUAGACGGUGCUAGAUGAAUUUUAUCCUUUUUUAUUACUUUUUUUGUCAUGUUUCAUGAUUUAUUCUUCCUUCUUCGCUUGUGUUGUGUGUAUGGUUAUGGUCAUACUGUAUAACAAUUUCUUCGCUCUAUGUGCUACUUUCACUAAUUCCUCUCGAUGAGCAAUAUGAUUGCAGAAUAAGGAUAAUAACA